GAUCUUGCGUUUCACCGAAAACAAGUGUUGCCUUUACUACAUUACUUAUGUCGCCAGCGUGCAUGCAGUGAAUGUUGUUGAAUGCUCAGCACCAGCCUAGUAGCGAAGAACAACCGUGCGCAGAAGAGCAUAAUUGGAAGCGAUGCUUGCUCAAUGCCCAGGGAAUCGCCUCAUUAUUCUCACUUGCUUCAGACAAAUAGCUGGCUGGAUCACUUCAAGGAGUAGUGUGCUGGUUCGUAUUAGAAAGACAGAGUGGCAUGGGACAAUCCAAAAUGAUUCUCUACUUAUGACAAUCACUGAACAUUUUUGCUGUCAACUAUCUGACUGCCCGAAGUAUCGAGGGGAAGUCGCCGUAACUCGUGGUGGUUCUUUGCCACCGUAG